AUGUUUGGAUAUUUUAAACGUUCUCUUGACGUAGCUAAAGAAACAGGUGCUAGAAUUUUAAAGGCUGACCCUUUACCUUGGAGUAAAGAGCAAUUAUUAUUUACGCUAAAUUCUAAAGAAGACCUCAAAAAAUGGGCGAUCGGAUGCGAUAAAGAUAUCGGCGGUUAUUCAAAUGCAAGUUUGGAACUUACACCGGAAGGCAAAGCCAAAUUUUCCGGAAAUAUUUCUUUAGAAUUACCAAAAAAUAAUCCAAGAAUAGAAAGAAGCGGAUACGCAGCUAUAAAGUCGAAGAAUCGUGGUUCCACAUUAUUUGGUACACCAUGUUGGGAUACAACACUGUAUCGAUAUUUAAGUAUACGCGCAAAAGGUGAUAAUAAAAAAUAUCUUGUAAAUAUACAAACAGACGGACCUGUUAUAAGUGAUUUAUUUCAGCAUCGAUUAUUUCUGAGGAAACCCGGUGAAUGGGAAACUGUUAUGAUUCCAUUCACGGAUUUCAUUUUAACAAAUCACGGGAUUAUACAAGAACCACAAAUUGAAAUGUAUAGAGAAAGAGUUAGAACUAUCGGGUUCUCAUUGUUAAGGCAAGGAGGUCCUUUUUGUUUGGAACUUGAUUGGAUCAAAAUGAUAAAUACCGAUGAAACUAUUG